GUUUGAAAGCCGAAGAAGCGAGAGGAGCAAUCAUUCUCUAGCCCCAAUUUCCCCUGAAACGGAAAAGUGAAAAUAAGGAGAGGGUAUCAUAAUGGAGAAAGCAUUACGAGUGUACGGUGAGGUACUGCGGCUGGUUCGGCGGUUGCCAAAGGACACCAGACCUUACUACUCCAAGUACGCAAGAGAAAACUUCGUCAAUUACAGAGAUGCCGACACCAGCGAUGCCCAGGCCCUCGACGAGCUCUUUCAUAGGGCUUAUGUUCAUGCAGCUUGGGUUCUCAAGAAGUAUUCGGUGGACCAAGCAGCUGCAAAUAAACUGAAAGAUAUCUGCUGCAAAUCAUAACUCUGGAGACCUGCUAAAUGUUCGUUGAUAUUCCCCAAUAAAGAUAAUGGAAGCUGAUUGUUGCUUUUCUUUGCAUUUCGUUCAAUAUACAACCACGACUUUUGCCAUGUUUAAUAAUAUUUUAGCAUUUCGUCUUGAAUUAUGCUUUAUGGAGUUAUAAAUUAGAUACAGCGAAAGGUUAUGACAUUCUUAUCGGACUAGAUCUUUCUUGCUUAAUUAGUUUACAUUUGUUUUGUGACAAUGCUUCCUUGAAUUUAACAUUGCAGUUUUUGAUUCAUUUGAUUCGCAAUUUCAUUUCUAGGAGCCAACAAGCUUUAUUUAUAGCUCAUCAGUCUGUCUGGAAAGGAGGACAUAAUCAUAUAAUUCUCAAUACCUGAAGGAAGGUGUAUGGAUAUUCAGAUGACUUAUUUGUAUUGGCAUAAUCAAAAUUGGGUAAAAUCCCAAUAGGGCUGUAAACCGAUUGAAUCCGGUAUGCCUG